AUGCUACCCGUGGACCACGUGUGCCACACGGAGUUCAAGGCUGUAGAGUCGCCUUUGGUCACGGAGGGGGUGGACAUUCCUGACGGCUACAUGGCGUUGGAUAUCGGCCCCAAGACGAUUGAGAAGUACGUUGAGGUUGUACGGAAAUGCAAGAGCGCGAUCUGGAAUGGCCCGAUGGGUGUUUUUGAGAUGGAGCCGUACUCGAAAGGCACCUUUGCGAUCGCGAAGGCGAUGGGCGAAAGCACGCAGGAACUGGGGCUGAUGAGCAUUAUUGGCGGCGGUGACAGCGCGAGUGCGGCGGAGCUGAGUGGCGAGGCCCCACGCAUGUCGCACGUGUCGACCGGUGGUGGGGCGUCGCUGGAGCUGCUGGAAGGCAAAGUCCUCCCCGGUAUCGCCGUGCUGGACGACAAGGAGUAG